CUCUAUACACCCGGUUGUGAUUCAUGCCGCUAUUGGCACCAAACAAUUAACGUCAGCUAGGCACUGUGUCCAGGUAUGCCUUUCUAAUAAGAGGAACCCUCCUGGUGACGGAUUUUCAUCUAAUAACGGACACACUGACCACAAUGGACGAAAGACAGACACUUGACAUACUGUAGUUGUUGUUGAACGGCAUGGAUAAUGGGAUUAAGUUCUACCUGUGAGCAUCAAUAAUUGAUUUUCCAAAAUCUGAAACAAGGCAGAAGCCCUCUACAGAAUGGUCGCCCCCUUUGUGAGUUAAUUCCGUCCAGGAGGUGUUUCUAGGGUCAAGUCCUCGACCUUUUGGCGGAAUCCAACAGAACGACAUAGUACGAAAUGUGAUUCAUUAUUAAUCAGAGUAAGUUGGAGAUGCGGUCACACACGUUAUAUGGGUGUUAACUAGAUAACGAUAAGCGAGUUUGUUAAGCCGGAGUGAUACACUAUGAUUUGUUGAAGUAACACAUGAGAACAGACACCUGUCGUCGUAACCGUCAGAUAACACCUGUUUGCCAACUCCAAGUUGGCACAGGCACCCCAAAUACACUGGCAGUCGAUGAACCAAACAGAUCAACCUUAUCAAGAUAGGAACGCUCAUCAUAAAUCUAGGUAACAUCAAACCAAAAAGGCUGACCAAGUGAUUACUUCGCUAUUACAAGGAACUGCCUGGUUGUUUCCUCCCUGAUACCCACGCUAAUCGACAUCGUAGAUCAUGACAUCAAGAGGCAAGCAAAAUUUAUGUGUUUAUAAAGCGUAAGUGAACGUCUGCUAUCAGUGAUAUAUCCAAGUGAUUGCAUAAGGACCCGGAUACGGCUCUAAAACCCGGACUAACUGUUAGGGAAAGCUGGAGUACCGGGAUAUUUAAAGUCUGCGUCUACGGUAUAUAUGGUUCAUCUGUUGUACAACCGAUACAAGCAUUUCUCUUAUUUGACAUUGGGGGCACGGACUGCAAAUAUAGACUGUAACAACACACUGCCAGUAGAAUGGAGAACUAUGUUGUUAUGUCUUCGUAUUUAGAUACCUAAUUGGUCCGAGUUCAUUGCCGCUGUCGCACACAAUAGAUAGUAUUUGUCCAUGUGUACCUGCAUGUAACUGUGUUGACACGCUGCCAUUAUCUAUAUCAACAAUGAUUGAAAAGAAAAGGUCGGACAAGCGACGUCGAUCCUCGAACACGGGUCCAUCCGCACAGUACCUUUCGUCUCCUAGAGAAACAGAAGACUGUCUGAUCCCUUCACCUCGGAACGGACCCACAGCCCCUAAACCUCGUGAGGAUUCCAUAACGACUAAACCAAGAGACGGUGGCCCCACAACCCCUAGACAAAGGAGCAAUGAUGAAUCGCUGACGCCUAAACACAAGAACAACGAUGAAGCUUUGAAGGACAAGAGAAGUGCAAGCGUGCCUGAAAAUUCCACUACCUUGAGUCGUUUAAGUAUACGUCGCCCUACCAUUAAAACACCUAAAACCCGUUGGAGAUCCCAGGAUAGUUCAAACUCUGUUUUUAUAUCAGAUGAUAAUGAUGAUACCGACUCGCCAGUUUUCAAGGAGGGGAGGGACGUGAGGAAAUGGAGCAUGUCCACGGGUAUCGUCAUGCCUAGGACUCGGAAACACCAUUCGGACAGUGCUACUUCAACUUCUAAGCCCGAGUGGUCAAGGGCCCAUAGACGCUUGUCCCUGGUCAAAGUGGUAUCUAAGGUGAUCGCCGCUAACACUCUGCAGCCACUGCAUCACAGCAAACGGCGGCCCUCCAAACUGGACCAACUCAGGGAUUUCAAUAAGUCAUUUAUGGAUGGAUCACAUACGAAACAACUACUUAAGAAAUUUCGGUUAGUGGGAAAACUUACGGUCAUCUGUCUCAGGCUGUUUAAAGCCCACUCCUUAAGAGAGAAGGAACAUGAAGACGAGGUAUCGCCUUUUAUUAAAGGGUUACACUUCCACGACUAUGAUACCCCUACCGAUCUUCUGUUCGACAGAUCCAUCUUCAAGGCAAAUAAAUCGAUGCGGGUACCUGAAGAAACAAAGAAAAUACUGUGUACAAUCCCACGUAACCGAACAGAAAGAGAAAUAUAUGUGGCACAAAUUGCUCUACGCAACAUUAAAGCCAUUGCUGAUUACCCUCAAAAUAUGCAACUGAAGAUUGCCCAAGUAGGACAAUAUGAAAGGUACGAAGCGAAGCGAAUUGUCCUACGUCAAGGUCAUCCGGCGUCAGCCUACUACUUUGUGCUGUCAGGAGAAGCUGUGGUGAUGGUUAUGGACGAGUCCAGGACUUACGCCAGACCAGCUUUUCACAUCAACAAAGGAGGCGAUUUUGGGGAACUGUCUAUCAUACAAGGCACGAAGCGCAAUGCUACCAUCAUUUGUAAAGAGCCUUGCGAGUUCCUUAGCAUAGCCAAGAAGGAUUACAAGCGUAUAUUUAUGUCGGGUGGCGCAAAGAGUCUUGGUGAUCCGGACCAGGAAAAGUUCUUGAGAUCUCUGAGUUUUCUUGAUGGAUGGCCACUUGACAAGCUGAAGGAAUCACCUGACAAGACAAAGUUCUUGUAUUUCAAACGAGGCGAUAUACUAGCACAGGAUUCAAACUACUAUGAUUGGAUCGUAGUUGUCAAAUCGGGAAGUGUGCGGAUCCUAAAAAAGCUGAAGAAAGUAGUCCCUUUUGAAUGGAAGAAGAAAGCUAAGGUAGUCACAUUUGUUUCCACAAAGGAGAAACGUGAUAAUCAGGAAAAACGAAACGUCAACCGGAGAAUUCUUGCAGAGCUAAAAAUCCCUCUACGGAGAAAUGUUGGUGAAGAGGACGACUUUGUAGAGGAAUAUCCUGGUAAACCACGCCCGUUUCAACAUCCACUUCCUGACGGCUCAAAAUGUGAUAACCAAGCUAAUGACGAUGACGUCAAUCUACCGGAUAUACAUCACGCCCAGAAUAAGGAAAACAAACCGAGAAAUUCGUUCCCAAAAAUAGAGUCGCAGAUCUUGCCUCGAUUGGCCGAGGGGAAAGAAGCCGAAGAGGAUGAUGUAGAUGAGGACGACGAUGAGGAAGGAGAGGAUGAGUUCGACGAUCUACCGACUGAUGCCAAUUCGGAACAGCUUAGACAAAUAAAAAAAUCUGGUGGUCGAGGACGGCGACGAACAAGUGUGUUUGAAAAGGAGAAGGAGUUGAUGGGUUUCAAAGAACACAAACGAACGAUCCAGGACGACCUUGCCAAGAAAAAGGAACUGGAUGACAUUACAGAAGCCGAUCUCAGACCGGAGUUUGUUGAAGUACAGACAUUAACUAAAGGCCAUGCAUUUGGUUUAGCCGAUCUCAUAUUGGAACCUCAGCCCAGUUUUUGUAUAGUGAGCAACGGAGCGGAUAUUAUUCUAAUUGACAAAGAGUUCUACGUCAAUAAUGCUUCAGAUGCUCUGAAGAACAAGAUGAGACAGGAGCUAUGUCCCUUCCCGACUGACGAGGAGAUGCAGAAUAAACUACAACAGAACGUAGACUGGUCAGCUUACCGUACAGAAACCAUGACACAGACUUUGGAUUACUUAAAAACCAAACGGGAGCAGCGCAUGUCAUUGACGGCUUGACGUUGCGAAAAGUGUUCAUCUAACAAAAUAUAUGUGAUGUGUGUAACUGAAAAAAGGACUUAAUCAAAAUAUUACAGAUAACAGAUCCACUUCGAAUAUUAUCAAGAACUAUGAGGGAAAAGUAUUUUCUCAAAAUUAAAGCAGACGGUCACGAAAUUAUUAAAUUCGUAACGUUAACAAGUGCCUUACACAUCAAAGUAUGGCGUAGGAAAUCAAAAUGGUGCAACAUGAAAAAUAAAUAUUACAAUAUUGAAUCAAAAGUGCUCUUUAAAGAUUGACUGGAUUAUUUUGCUCAGUUAAUGAUAGAAAGACGGUUUAACACACCGCCACUGUGCCAAAAAUUCCCAUUAUGUGUGAAAGGACGUCUCAAGUCUCCUACACUUUUGUAUAUAAUCAUAAUGUUUGUUCACUAUCCUCUGCAUAAUAUUUAUUUAUUUAUUGACAUAACUUUUGUUUAACUAAUAUAAAUCACUCUUGGUGACCCGGAUGGAAUGUCAUAGAGGGUCUUGAUGUGGAAGGAAACCGGAGAAGACCCACGCUUUGGUCGGGCAGGCGACUCAAUAUCUGUUCACGUCUGAUAGGGGAAUCGAACCCCGGCCGCCUUGGUAAAAGGCGAGUGUGUUAUCUAUUGCGACCACCAACACAUGCUUUCUUAAAUUGUUUGCAAAACCGACUCUGCUAUUCAUUUUCAGGCAAAUGAUUUUUAUCAUAUCAUCACCUCAUCCCGGAUUUAUACUUUUACAUGUUUUAAGUGAUUUCGUACUUACAAACUAUAAUUAAAAAAACAGUAUAGAGUAGCUACAUCGUCCUAUACUAUCAUAACUUUGUGUUUUUAAUGUUGCGAAGGACUUGCUAUAAUUACUUGCUAUUAAAAUAAACCAGGCUAUAUUGAACUUCAAUGAAUCUAGUUUUACUCCAGUCAAUCCAAUUUGUAGUUUUCAAAGAAAAGCUGUCUGAAAUUUUCCCCGAAAUCAUAAAAUCUUAUUGAUAAUUGCCAGCUUCUCCGUGGUAUUUUUUUCAUAUUGCAUCAAAUUACUGUUAUUGAAUCGCUUGUUUUCAGAGACUUAUUCCUCCCAGUAAUGUGUUAAUCCUAAGUGCAGCAGCACAAAGUCCUUCAGUAUUAGUUGGACAGUGCCUGUGUGCUGUACUCCAUGCUUUGGUAAUAUAGACCACACUUACGUGUGUCCAGGUAGGUCUGGUCCGGGGCUUGUCUAUAGAUCUUUUUUUUCUUUUUUUCUCUCAAAUAUUUUAUU